AUGGCGUCAGCUGUGGAUUACAGCCAGCGUGAGAUGGAGAUCAAAGCAUUCGACGAAAGCAAAGCCGGCGUCAAAGGGCUCGUCGACGCCGGCGUCACAAAGCUUCCCACCAUGUUCAUACACCCUCCAGAGAGCCUCCUCAGCUCCUCACUCCCCGAAGACGACGAGCGUCUCCACAAGGUUCGCAGCCUUCGAUUCCCGGUGAUUGAUCUCAGCGGGUUCGGUUCCUCGGAGAGCCGAAAGGAGAUCGUGGAGGAGAUGAAGAAAGCAGCCGAGUCAUGGGGAUUCUUCCAGCUGGUGAACCAUGGGAUCCCUCUCGGCGUCAUCGAGGGAGUCCAGAGAGGUAUCCGAGCUUUCCAUGAGCUUCCUCGGGAGGAGAAGGCAAGGUGGUACUCGCGGGACUUCGCUCAGAAGGUUAACUUCUUCAGCUUUCAUGGAGAUUUCAAGGUGACGACCCCGGCCGACUGGAGAGACACCUUGUCUUGCAAGGUUCUUGAGGACCCUGCUAGCUUUGAAGCAAUACCACAAAUCUGCAGAGAAGAAGUCAGAGGGUACAUGAAAGGCAUCGAUGGAGUUGUGAGGAAGUUGUCUGAGUUAUUAUCAGAAGCUUUAGGUCUUGGAAGUGAUUAUCUAGCGACCACAAGAUGCUUCAACGCAAGGUCAAUGGCGUGUCACUAUUUUCCGAUAUGUCCAGAGCCACAUUUGACCAUGGGUGGGACCAAGCAUACCGAUCUUGGGUUUCUCACCUUGCUCCUCCAAGACAGUGUCGGUGGCCUUCAAGUUCUUCAUCAAGAUGUUUGGAUUGAUGUUCCUCCAGUCAAGGGUGCGUUGCUGGCAAAUAUUGGUGACAUGAUGCAGAUUAUUACAAACGGGGGGUUCAAGAGCGUGGAGCACCGAGUUCUCCUCAGACCAACUGAGCAGCCACGUAUCUCAAUUGCGUGCUUUUUGAGCACUGAUGAUCUUGAUAGGCCAUAUGGGCCAAUAAAGGAGCUUUUAUCAGAAGAUAAUCAUCCCAUUUAUGACCAAGUCAUAUUCCAGGAAUACAUGAAGAAGUAUAAAUUAUAAAACAUGUGUGGGCUAUUUUCUCUGGGAUUUUCUCCAUUGUUCCAACUAAUGGUGGUGAACUAUGUAUUUCAUCCUCUUGCAGUGGAAACAUAAAAAACUAUAAAUAUUAUGGGAAGCCAUGGUUGCCAAUGUAUCUCCUUUACAAGGAUAAUUUGUAUGAUUUAUUUAAUAAUUUGUGAGAAUUUUAAUUUGAA